AUGACAUCCCACUUCAACCUCAACACAGGCGCCCAAAUCCCCGCCAUCGGCCUCGGCACCUGGCAAGACGAAGACGCCCAAGAGAACGCCGUCUACGAAGCCCUCAAAGCCGGCUAUCGGCACAUUGACACGGCGCAAACAUACGGAACCGAAAAAGCCGUCGGCAAAGGCAUCAAGAAGAGCGGCGUCCCCCGAUCCGAGAUCUUCCUGACCACCAAGCUGUGGAACAACAACCACCACCCGGCAGACGUGGGCCCGUCGCUGGACGACUCGCUAAGGGAGCUCGAGACAGACUAUGUGGAUCUGCUGCUGAUGCAUUGGCCUGUUGCGUGGGAGAGGGGGCCGGAGCCGUUCCCUCAGCGCGAUGGGAAACCCGCUGUUAUUGAGGUUGAUUAUGUUGAUACAUACAAAGCAAUGGAAAACCUCAUUCCCACCGGCAAAGCGCGCGCCAUCGGCGUAUCGAACUUCUCCAAAGCAGAAGUCGAGCGGGUGCUGCAAAACAGCCUCGUCGUGCCAGCCGUGCACCAGUUCGAGCGCCAUCCAUGGCUGCAGCAGCGCGAGUUCGUCGACUGGCACAAGUCGAAGGGCAUCCACGUCACGCAGUACUCGCCGCUGGGGAACCAGAACGCGCUGUAUCCGCGCGGGGAGGGGAUCGGCCGGUUGGUGGAGGACCCGGUGUUGGUGGAGAUUGGGAAGAAGUAUAAUAAGAGUGCGGCGCAGGUUGCGCUUGCAUGGGGCAUCACGGGUGGUCAAUCGGUCAUUCCCAAGAGCAAGACUCCCGCGCGCAUCAAGAACAACUUGGAAGGGAAUUUUAAGCUGAGUGAGGAGGAUGUGCAGAAGAUCAGUGGGAUUGAUCGCAAGCUGCGAUUCAAUGAUAGUAGCUCUGAUUUUGGAUAUAAUCUGUUUAGUGAUUUGGAGGGGAAGAAAUAA